AUGCAAACAUUGAGAUAUCGCAGUUUGACUGAAGAGAAUUUUUGUGAGGAUAGGAAAUGGAACCGUCCUCAUGUGUUCAAUCUCAGGAAGGCCUCCACAUCAAAUUUCACCUGUAUCAAGUGCUCAGGUGACAAGCGUGUUAAUACAUGUCUGGAAAGUUCUAGAAACUCUCGUUAUGAGGCGCACAUAUCAACUGCCACUCAUUCUUUCUGCCAGUACCUUCGAGGAUACUUACCCUUGCGAAAUGCAUCCAUAACCAUUCAUUCCUUGGCUUUGGGCAAUAAUGCGUAG